CAGUAAAGGUUACUAGUUCACCGAAAUGGUUUUGCAGACACGGAUUGAACUUGCAAUCAUGCAAACUUGACACGUAUGUAUGUACAUACAUAUACAUUUGUGCGAAAAUAAAUACAACUCCUCAGAAAUCCACAACCUUAGAAAGCGAUCUGUGUGCAUCACAUUAUAGAAAUUUGACUCAUUUUUCUUACAUGUUAUACGUAUGUACAUAUCAAGUUUGGCACAAAUACGAGAACUCAUUUCUGCAAAUUCUCUACCCAAAAUUCAACAACGGCGACAUUUUGUUGGAAGUGCGUAAAAUAACUAAAAUGUCACUACCGAAAAACCAAUAUUCAUACUGUUCAAGGGAAGAAGAAAUAGUAUUAAGGAAAAGAAGAGAAGUUUGCCGUAGUAUUUGUUCGACACUGCUGUCGAUCAUCUGCAUAUGUGCGCUGAUAUUUGGAGUCAUUGUGUUGGUAACGGGACCAACCGAGGAAGAAAAGUGUAAAGAAUCUUGCUUGAAAGAAUAUCCAUUUUAUUUUAAUGUGUGCAAAACCGAAGUUAUUGUUCGGUUUAGGAGUGGUUAUAAAGGACGACGUACCACGGAAUGCAAAUGCUUUUGCCAAAGUAUGGAACAUACUAAUUGUACUCAAACCUGUUUUUCUGUACAUCUGGAGAGAUACGUGUCGUCAAUCCUGAACAGUGAAAACCGGGAUAAAUAAUAAAUAAAUCGAGGAACCAAAUUAAGGUCCGUCCUAGAUUUAGACGGACUAACUCCGUCCUAGAUUUUUAAUCUCUAGUCAACGCCUUUAAAUGUAAAUUUGUAAAAUGCAUCAAUUUCAUGAGUUUUGACAUAAAUUUCACUGUUGAGCAAAAAUUACGUGAAGUUAAAGUUGGACGUAUGAAAGUUUGGAAAUAAAGGUCGUGUAUGGAUGGAUAAUUUUUUUCUCCGAAGAACACAUUACAUAUGUGCAUGUGUAUUAUGUGUGCAUAAUGUGUAUGCAACAAAAUUCCUUGGUGACUUGGUCAUCUGCCAAAAAUCAUAACCUUGGGGCUUACAUACAGAAUGUUAUCAGUGUUCGGAUAAUGUCGACCCUUAUAGUACCCUCCGGUUUGACCUAUAUAUCCAAUGUUAUAAUUCGGAACGAUAGGAUGCCCUUGACCCCUAUCCCUCCUUUAAAUCGAGCACACGCUUUCCGCACAGUCCUUUGGCGAAUAUUACUUUCGGAUUUAUCCGAUGAUUUGUUUAUAGAUAUCAACUCCGACACAUCGUUUAUUUCAGCUGUGAAUUUAAGGUCGUCGAAUCGUUUUCCAUAUAUUACGCAGUUUUAUUAACACAUUUGCAUAUGUACAUACACACAUACAUAUUAGAAAAACGCAUUUUGCAACUUCAUUUAAUGAGACUAACGCCAUGAACAUUCUUGACAUGCCACCUGAAGUGAUUGGCAUAUUAUUGAAGUCAAUUCCAUAUCCAGUACUGAAAAUACUACGCCUCGUCUCCACCAAGUUUGCAAGUUUGAUUGCACAACAAGCCUCAUUUUACGAAAAUGCAAAACUCCAAAUUCCUUACGAAAGCUUUCAACGAGCCGCCUCCUUCCAAUCUGCGAUAAAACUCCUCAAGAAAAUCGGACCUGUUAAAAAUCUUGUCAUUCCAUUUCCAUCCAACAAACCAGGAACUUGUUUAGUCGUUCUGAUUUGCAACUUGUGGCAGGCUUUGUUUAAAAAUGUGAAAAUUGUCAACGCAGUUAACCAACAGAACGUAAUGUCACACGAACCAUGGGUCCAAUUCCAGACUGGGGAUUAUUGGGAGCAGAAUAACCAAUUACAAAUUCAGAUUUGGAUGCAAUUCGAGUCAUCUGAAAUACAAUAUGAUUUAUUACCUUAUAAAAUCUGGAAUGAUAUUUGCCAAUGGGAUCAUCGCCUGUAUAACGUUGUCGCAAAUUGUGCAAAUUUGGUGCUAAAUUCUCCUCCAAAAGAUGAACUUUCUUGUUCCAAUUUAAAAGAAGAAUUAAAGUUUGCGACGAUCCAAGUAGUUUGUACAAAUGCACCUCCGUCUGUCGCUAAUAGCGAACCUAUAAUUCAAUUUAGGGAUGACCAACAUCAUGAAAGAAUACCAUUUGCAUGGACCACGGGACAAAGUAAUUUGUAUAAAUGGAGGAUUAAAGGUUAUCUAAGGGGAGCCUUGAUAAUAGGAAUUUGUUUAUUUGGGUGGUUUUUGUAUCACUAUUUUUGGGAUAAGAAAUAAACAAAAUUUAGAUAAUUUUUCGAAAUUGCAAACAA